GUGGCGCCUUUACCUCGGCCCUCCGGCUCGGAAUGAAGACACCCCAAAUUCAACGAGAAAUCGUUCGGCGACGCAACGGAGACCGCGUGGGGGCGCAACCGGCUGUGCUUGGUCUACAUCGCGGCCGAGAAAGGAAGCGGCGGCAAGGCGGCCAAGGUCGACGACGCCAUCUGCAAGGCCCUCGCAGACCCCGAGGUAGCCGAGUUCAUCGACUCGAGCUUCGUCAUGUGGGUCCCUGGGGGGAAGAGCUCCACCCAACGUGCGGCGGCUUCAGCGGCGGCGGCUAAGCGCGUAGGUGCGCGGUCCUUGCCCUUCCUCGGGGUGGUGAACACCGCUUCGGAAACCGACAAGAUGACCCUGGAGAGGAAGCUCGAGCGGUCGACGGUGGCGAUGCACCACUGCAACCCCCCACCCUCGGCGAGCCAGAUGGUGAGCUGGAUGGCUCGCGUACUGGAGCUCAAGAAGAGCCUGCUAGAAGUCGAGCUCGCGGAGCAACAACGAUUGAAAGACGAAGACACCAUUUACACGGAGCGAGUAGAAGGGUACUCCAAGUCUCUCAAGGACGACGCGCUGCGGGAGGUGAGGGAGAGGGAGGAGGAGGCCGAGCGGGCAAGGCUGGCGGAGGAGCAGAGGGUGGCGCAAGAGGCCCUUGAGGCGAAGCUUCGGGAGGACGUGGAACGACGAGAAAAGAAGGCGGCGGAGCUGGGGCAAGAGCCGCCAGAGUCAGCCGUGAAGGGGGCUGAGGCCACGGCGGCGACGCUCAUGCUGCGGCUCGCGGACGGUUCGCGGAUCCGGCGACGGUUCUUGAGAUCGGACCCCAUGGGGAAGGUGCUCGACUGGGCGGACGUGCAGGGGGUGGACCUAGACGCGCAGAGGUUAUCCUCCACGAUGCCAAAGGCGUCUUUCUCUCACCCCGGUGACUCGGGAAUGACGAUCGAGGAAGCCGGCCUCGGAAGGCAAGCGCUGCUGUUCGUGGAGCAGAAGCCUAAGGAGGCCACGGGCGAUUCCGAUGGGACUGUGGACGACACGGAAGCGGCAGCAGCAGCUGGCGACGAGGACGCUGAGCAAGAGUCAUAG